AUGGCGAUGGACUCUGCUGUCAAGCCGUUCUCGUGUCAGCCUCUGCCGUCAAGCCGUUCUCGUGUCAGACUCUGCUGUCAAGCCGUUCUCGUGUCAGACUCUGCUGUCAAGCCGUUCUCGUGUCAGCCUCUGCCGUCAAGCCGUUCUCGUGUCAGACUCUGCUGUCAAGCCGUUCUCGUGUCAGACUCUGCUGUCAAGCCGUUCUCGUGUCAGCCUCUUGCCGUCAAGCCGUUCUCGUGUCAGCCUCUGCCGUCAAGCCGUUCUCGUGUCAGCCUCUGCCGUCAAGCCGUUCUCGUGUCAGACUCUGCUGUCAAGCCGUUCUCGUGUCAGACUCUGCCGUCAAGCUGUUCUCGUGUCAGCCUCUGCCGUCAAGCCGUUCUCGUGUCAGACUCUGCCGUCAAGCCGUUCUCGUGUCAGACACUGCCGUCAAGCCGUUCUCGUGUCAGCCUCUGCCGUCAAGCCGUUCUCGUGUCAGACUCUGCUGUCAAGCCGUUCUCGUGUCAGCCUCUGCCGUCAAGCCGUUCUCGUGUCAGACUCUGCCGUCAAGCCGUUCUCGUGUCAGACACUGCCGUCAAGCCGUUCUCGUGUCAGACUCUGCUGUCAAGCCGUUCUCGUGUCAGACUCUGCCGUCAAGCUGUUCUCGUGUCAGCCUCUGCCGUCAAGCCGUUCUCGUGUCAGCCUCUGCCGUCAAGCCGUUCUCGUGUCAGACUCUGCCGUCAAGCCGUUCUCGUGUCAGACUCUGCCGUCAAGCCGUUCUCGUGUCAGACACUGCCGUCAAGCCGUUCUCGUGUCAGCCUCUGCCGUCAAGCCGUUCUCGUGUCAGACACUGCCGUCAAGCCGUUCUCGUGUGAGUGUUGUCGUUCGGAUCUUCCUGAGGACGCGAUGGUUGUAAUUGUCAACCAUGAG